AAACAAUCUACUGUACAUUGCCAAUGAGAUGCAUUCUGGGAUAGUGUCAACAUGGCAGCCUGCAUGUUGUUCCUUGUACCCUUCUGAGCUAAGCGCUCAGAUUCUUUGAAUUUUGUUAGAUUUCCGUGAAAACGUCUAAAUAUGUUUCACUUACUUUGUAAUCGAAUCAGUACAACUUCACCGGUGCGCCCCGUCUAUUCGCAUUUGAAAAGAACACACGAUUUAUGGAGACAGCCACGGUAGGACAACUUUCUAGUUGGCUAAUGCCGGUAGUCAGCUGAUCAGACAGCUAGCUACAGACCUUAGACUUUACACUAGCUAAUGUGAUCCAUUAUGAAAACGAUAUUAGUUCAGCUCUGUCCCAAAGUUGUAAGUAGUGUUGUUCACUGUUCAGUAAAGUGGUGUUAAUGGAAUGGACCAUCCAGAAGUGUCAUAUGCCUUUUGUAACUUGUUUGUCACCAUAAUAAAAAAAAUGGAUCGAAAAGCCCACCACAUAGUUAUUCUUAGUUGUUAAGCUCAUGUUGUCCCGGUCUCUCAAACUUGUACAAUACAGAUCACACUACAAACAGUACAGCUUGUUAUAUUGUUUGUUUUGUUUUCGUUUCAGAUCACGGCUAUACACAACACAAUUGGCCAAUGCAGGCAACUCCUCUGGACAGCCAAGUAAUGCUGCUGGACGUAUCUGGGGUCUGGCUCAAGCAGCAGUCCGCCAAUCUGCCUGCUGGACGUCAAGACCGCCAGGGGGGGCCCUGAAGUUCAUCUUGGGGCCAGUGGUUCUCACCGUCUCUGCUCAACUACUUGGCAGUGUAGCAUAUUGCCAGGCAGAUGUGAAUAACAAUGUUCUACUAGAGCUUCAAGCCAAAGAAACUGAGCCUGAGUUCGACUGGCAUAUCCUGUGGGAGUUUGUCAAACCCCAGCUCUUUGCCCUUCUUGGUGCUGUCAUGGUGAGCAACAUAACUUAACACUACUGGACAAUCUACUGUUUAGACAGUUACAUGUUGGCCAAACUCCAGUAGUCGUUGAACUUAUUGUGUUUUCAUAGUAUUGGAAUGCUGAGUGAUUUCAGACCAAUCAUGUUUUUUUUUCAGCUUGCUUUUGGUGCUGCCAUCUUGAAUAUUCAAAUUCCCCUGAUGUUGGGCGAUCUGGUGAACAUAGUGGCACGCUACAUGAGAGAACAUACUGGGGAUUACAUGAGAGAGAUGAGGGGACCUGCUCUGAAGUUGCUGGGAUUGUAUGGUCUCCAAGUAAGUUGUAUGUCCAAAAAGGCAUUGUCCGUGAUCUAAUUUUAAUUUAACUGUAGAUUGAAUAAUCUAUUUCUGUGAAAUACAUAGUAAAACAAUAUGGUCAUGAAAUCUCUUUCCUGGCUUCAGGGUCUGCUGACCACCGGUUACAUCAUCCUGCUUUCCAGGGUAGGGGAACGAGUAGCAGCAGACAUGAGGAAGACCCUUUUCCAAUCUUUACUCAGGUAUACACCCAGUUGCAGUUAUAUCUAUUGAAAGCAACGAGGUAGAAUAGACCAGUUCCAAGACAGAGAGUAGAGUGACUGACUAGAUGUCACUAGACCUACUAUCUACUGUCCAACUUUCACUGUUGGUAACACAAGACUUGGCAAUUGUUUCAGGCAAGAUGUAGCCUUCUUUGAUGCCAACAAAACUGGCAUGCUGGUGAACCGUUUGACUGCUGAUAUUCAGGAGUUCAAGUCUUCCUUCAAACUGGUUGUGUCUCAGGUAUGGCUGUGUACAUAUUAAUUUAUUGGAUAAUUAAAAGAAGAAAGGCUGCUCCAGCCAGAGACAACAUUACAUACAUUCAAAAUUAUCGAGGAUAAAAACACAAUAAAGCUUAUUUCCAUUGUGGUCCCCUAUGCACUUCCCUAUUACAUUUUGCCAUAACUUUUCAGUAUAAUUUAUUCAGUAGCUGUUGUUCCCAUCUAGAGACAGUUCACAGGAUCGAAAUCUAAUGAUAUUGCCCCAAUUACUCAUAUCUGCAGGGCCUGCGGAGUGUAACGCAGACGGUUGGCUGUUUCGUGUCCCUCUAUGUAAUCUCCCCUAAACUCACUGGUAUGACGGUGGUGAUACUUCCCUGUCUGGUGGGGGCAGGAGCUCUGAUUGGCUCACUCCUUCGCAGGCUGUCCCGAUUGGCUCAGGAACAGGUGACAUCAUCACUCAUUCUGACUCUGACUCAUACGCUAUCUAAAUCACAUUAGAGAAAUAGAAAAAGUGUCAACCGAGAAAGCAUUUUACUGAGUUUAUCAGAAUUACAGCAUGAAGAAUGGUGUAUGCUGAGCAUUGGUGUUGACUGUCUGUCUGUUUGUGUCUAGACUGAAAUACAGUAUGUGUGUUGUUGUGGGUGUGUAGGUGUCGAAAGCAACAGGGGUGGCAGAAGAGGCCCUUGGCAAUGUGAGGACAGUGAAAGCCUUUGCCAUGGAGGAGCGAGAGAUGCAGUAAGUGACAGUCUAUUAUAGUCCAGAUCAAACAAUAUUAUCAGACCUGGCCUAUAAUAAAGUCACAAUUGUCUUUCAAAACAUUCCUAAUUUCACUGCUUAUUAGAGGGAGUGUGUGAAAGAAUGUAACUAUUUGUCUAUGUUUUGCAGGUUAUAUGCCUGGGAAGUGGACAAAUCAUGUGAGAUGAAUGAAUCUUUAGGCUCAGGGAUAGCUGUUUUCCAAGGAAUGUCAAAUAUCGUCCUGAACUGUGAGUUCCUUUUAUCAUGAAUAGUGGAUCGAACUUGCUAUUUAUUUAAGUAUGCCAUUGCUUAUCUAUUACAUGGUUCAUUUUCUUGCAGGCAUUGUUUUAGGCACCAUCUUUGCUGGUGGGUCAUUGAUGGCGGGUGAUGAAAUGUCUCCAGGUGACCUCAUGUCUUUCCUGGUGGCUUCACAGACGGUGCAGAGGUUUGAUUUGAUUUGAUUUGAAAAUAUGUGUUGUCAGCAAAGAUAACACUUAAGCCAAAUGCUUGCAUGAUCAAAUGGAAGUGUUCAAUGUACGUUAAGAAAAUAACAAACUGAAUUUGACCUUUCCUUACGUUAUUUUCCUCAGGUCUUUGGCCAGCAUCUCUAUCCUGUUUGGCCAAGUGAGUAAAGACUUGACGUAUAGAAGAAGUUAGAAAUACAUUGCUAUCAAUGUACAGUUUCAGGUUUCACAAGGUGAUCAGUUGAUAUGGCAAUAAGAAAUUAGAACCUACCAUGUUUUCCAGAUGGUCAGAGGCCUCAGCUCUGGGGCCCGUGUUUUCGAGUACCUGUCUUUGGAGCCUACCAUUCCACUUUCGGGGGGAGGCCGCAUUCCUUACAAAUCUCUGACAGGACGGGUGGACUUCAUGAACAUUACCUUCAGGCAAGACCACGUCAGAAAGACAAAAUUAACAAAAAGACACACACAAACAAACACAAAUUAUCUAUAUCAGUGAGUGCCAUUUUUAUUUGUUUUUCACAGUUACCCAACGAGACCAGGCCAACAGAUCCUGAAGAACUUCAACCUCAUCAUCCCCCCCUGUAAGACUGUCGCAAUCGUUGGAGAGUCAGGAGGAGGUAAUGUCCCAUGCGUUCCCAUGGAUACAAGCACUCAAUUAGUCUGAUUACAUAAACAAAGGGCCAAUAAUGAUAUUGUAGAACCAUUAAUCUGAAAAUAGUAUAAUUAUGUGCAACAUCAUGCAAUGUUUAUGAAAAUGAUGUGAUCAUUUAUUGUUCUCCUACACUGCAGGAAAGUCCACAGUGGCCUCCUUGCUGGAGCGUUUCUAUGACCCCAGCAGUGGUGUGAUCAUGUUGGACGGCCUGGAUAUCCGGACACUGGACCCAUCCUGGCUGAGAGGACAAGUCAUUGGAUUUAUCAAUCAGGUAAAUGUUCUAGAAUAAUCACUCUACACAACUGAGUUAUAUUCUGUUUUCUAGUGCAUAAGGAUGUUCUAGGAUCUUUUUUCAGAACUGCUGCAGAUUUGGUUAUUGUCCUCAGUAGGAAAUGGCCUUCUUGUGUGAUUUUUGCCAUAAUAACAGUGAUAACAAUGUUACUUUGUUAUUAACAAUGUAACAAUGUUCCACCCCUGCUUGCAGGAGCCUGUGCUGUUUGGCUCCUCUGUGAUGGAGAACAUUCGCUUUGGGAAGCCGGAGGCCACUGAUGCUGAGGUCAUCAACGCUGCCAAGCAGGCCAACGCCCACCGCUUCAUCACAGGCUUUCCAGAUGGAUACAACACUGUGGUUGGUAAGUGACAACACAUAUUUGAGAAAAAAAUGUAUAUGUUUUUUUGAAUGGCCCAGUUCUAACAUCCUCUGAUUUAUUACUAGUCUAUACCACUCUAAUAAACCCCAGACACACAUAUUCAAAUCAUAUGCAUAUACUUUUUACAUAAGUAGUACUAAGUGCAGUUACAAUAAGUGCUUUUACUGAAUAUUGUACCUCUGCGGACACACAGGUGAGCGAGGAGUGACUAUGUCAGGGGGCCAGAAGCAGCGUAUUGCCAUUGCCCGCGCCCUGAUCAAGAACCCCAGCAUCCUGGUCCUGGACGAGGCCACCAGUGCAUUGGACGCAGAGUCAGAGCGGGUGGUGCAAGAGGCUCUGGACCGGGCCACCACAGGACGCACUGUGCUCAUCAUUGCCCACAGACUCAGCACCAUCCAGAGGGCAGACCUCAUCUGUGUCAUGAGCAACGGACGCAUCGUAGAGGUUAGGGAGCGGCUGAAGCACUGAAGGAAGAGAGGGAUGUCUAUUGUCCUCUGUCCCAUUGGUGGUUUUGUCCAGAUAUUGGACACUUCUCCAAAUCAUGUUUUCUUGUCAUUUAAGUAAUAAUAAUCACAAAGUAUUUUUAAGAGCAUCACUACACGUGUAAUGAUGUAUGUCAAUUUUCAACUAGAAAGCUUGGUUGUAUAGUUGUAUGUCUAACAGGUAUCUUGUCUCUUCCUAGGCUGGAACUCACACGGAAUUGCUGAGCAAAGGAGGGCUGUAUGCUGACCUGAUCCGCAGGCAGAGAUCAGAGGGAGAGAAGUGAACACUACUUUGAUAUGGCACAGAACUGUAGGCCUAUAUCAUGAACUAGGGACAGCCUUUGCAUGAGAAAUGAAAAAUAUGCAUGUGUAUUAUCAAUUGUUUUAUGUUGGUGUAAAGUUGAUUUAGUUUAAUGGUCCAAUGUCAAAUUCCAUUUUAUACAAGCCAAAUGUAUGGGUGGACCAACUGGAUUAUAUUUUAUUGUGGCCCAACUAAGACUGCUGAAAUUGCAAGUGUUUAUCAUGUGUUGUUUUAUAGGACGAGAAUACUAACUGUAUAGGAUGUGAAUGUGAUUUUAGCAGGGUUACUUGGCCCUGUCCUGUAUCUGUACAUUUUGCAAGACUUUUAAUCAUUAAAUUCUAUUCAUCCA